AGGGCUAAACAGUUUGACCAUGGAUAAACACGAGAAAGGAAGAACUGUUCUUGAGAGGUAUAUGGCUCUAAGUCAACCUGAAGAUAAAGUACAGUGUACCUAUGUAUGGAUUGAUGGUACAGGAGAACAUCUCAGAUCUAAAACUAAAACUGUAAACUUUAUACCAAAGAGCCCUAAAGAGCUUCCUGUUUGGAAUUUUGACGGGAGUUCAACCUACCAGGCAGAAGGAAAUAAUACUGAUGUCUAUCUUCAUCCUGUAGCAUUGUACAGGGAUCCUUUUAGGGUCCAUAGAAACAGUCUUGGGGUCAUGUUAGUUACCGUAACAAUUGGAACUGCGGAAAUACAAAUGCAACAGAUGCAAACUAAAAGGUCCACUUGUAGAGCAGAAUUUACUAUUCUGGAUUCUGAUAAUCACCCGUAUGGUUGGCCAAAAAAUGGUUUCCCCGGACCCCAAGGACCCUACUUUUGCGGUGUGGGGGCUAACAAGAUAUUAAUGGAUAAACUCAGGGCCUGUAUGUAUUCUGGUGUUAAUAUCUCAGGGAUGAACGCUGAAGUGAUGCCAGCUCAGUGGGAAUACCAGGUCGGACCAUGUGAGGGAAUAGAGAUGGGAGACGAUCUAUGGAUGUCAAGAUAUCUAUUGCACCGUGUUGCUGAAGAUUUUGGUCUCCUGGUGACAAUGGAUCCUAAACCAAUGCAGAUUGUAAACUUGAAAGGAUACCCGGGAAUGGGAGACUGGAACGGAGCAGGAGCGCAUACAAACUUCUCUACACUCUCUAUGAGGGACGAUAACGGAAUUAUAGAGAUAGAGCGAGCUAUUGAUAAACUCUCUAGACAUCAUAUCAGGCAUAUUAAAGCUUAUGAUCCACAUGAGGGGAAAGAUAACGAACGAAGAUUGACAGGUAUUCAUGAAACCUCUUCAAUCCAUGAUUUCUCAGCUGGAGUAGCAAAUAGAGCCUGCAGCAUCAGGAUUCCAAGAGAAUGUGCAGAAGAAAGAAAGGGAUAUUUAGAGGAUCGAAGACCUGCAUCCAACUGCGAUCCAUAUCAAAUACUGAGACCCUAUCUAGAUACUGAGACCCUAUCCAGAUACUGA